GAGAGACUCCGAUCCACUGAGCUGAGAGCUGUUUGAUCCAGAAAAUGACUGCUUUUCACUCGGUUAUCUCCCCCUGAGCGACUGGGACGUUUUCCCGGACAUGAAGGAAUUAUUUUGCGCCACAAUUUAGAUUUUUUAAGCGAAGCGAAUGAAGAGAAGAUGAACCCAGGCAUGGAUAAGCCACCUAUUGCUCCUAAGCCGAAGUUCAUUUCCAACCAGAGGCCUGUCCGGUCUCCUUUAGUCCCUAGAAGAGACGGCCUCUCGCGUCUCUCACCUGGCACACCAAAGAAGGUUAAACCAGCAAUUGCUCCAAAGCCAAUCUUGUCUAAAUUCCCAACUCCUUUAGAAUCCAGGCCCCCGAUUCUGAAGCAGCAAAAACCCCCCAAUGGAUUUCCCCAAAACAAAAAGCCUGAAUGGGAUUAUAUCAUUCCUAUUUGCCUGUGCGCCCAAGAAAACUGCACAUGCAUGAACAAGACGAAGCUCGAGCAGAGAGAAAAAGACUUUGAAGCACCACAACGUAGCAAGAUGGUACAGAACAAAAACACUCCUUCUAUACCUAAGGAUAACAUCCAAGUGAUGAACAACACUUCAAAUAAUGGUCGUAUCAUUAAUUAUGAAAAGUUUAAUAAGACCCAAAGCCACAAAACAGACUCUGACACCUUUAGUGAUGAAAAGCCUGUUGGGCCAUCUCAGAGAACAUUAAGGCAAGAUGUACCUGGAACAGGACAACAGGGUGUUAGUCUUGGCUCAGAGCGAACCAGUGUGCAACCACCCAAACGUCCCCCACCAGGCCUUAGGAAGCCUCACCCUGUCCCUGUUCCAAGGAAACCCAGGACUAAUGCACCAUUCAGCCAGGAAAAGGUGGAGAGGGAUAGGGAUGAAACUGCCAUCCAGGAAAGCAUGGAAGUAAGUCUGCAGGAGGUGGAGAUGUCAUCAGACGGAAAGGGAUGGUCAUCCCCAUCUGUCAGCAUACCUGAUAAUAAAAAUAGAGCGGUUAUACAGUCUGCAAGGCAGGCCUGUCCACCACCGGUCCCUCCUUCCAGGAAAAAACCUUUAUCUAACCCCUUAAAAGCACCUCUGUCUACUACACCAGCUCCAUUUGAGGACAUGUACUCUGAAGAUUUAGGUAGGAGCAACAGCAUCCAUGAGAUGGAGUUAUGUGUGGAUAGUGGAUUGGAAGUGUUGCCGAAGAAGGUUGUGGAUAAUCAGGAAGACAGGGAUCAGCUGCCUUUGGACGCUUCACUUAGUCCACCUAUACCCAAGGAUGUUCCAAAGAUGUUUGUGAAAGCAGAGGACAGAGGGAUUAAAAACAAAACGCCAAGGAAACUUCUGAGAAACAACAGCACAUUGGGAUUCCAUGAGGAUAAAGGUUUGAAGAAACUGGAAAACUUUGAAGCAAGGCAAGCCAAUAUAGUCAAAGAUGGGAAAUCGAAGGAAUUGAUGAAAAGGGAGCUGCCUUUGCCUCCUCACCUGAAAUCAGACAAUAAACCUGCAAAACCUGAAAGCCUCCACCCUUCUCGUACUAGCCUCAACAAAAAGAAAUCCAAAUCCUUUUCUUCUGCGGACCUCAUUCACUCUGACGGACAGAAGGGAAAAGCCUUCAGGAAAAUCUUAGAACUGAAGCUCCACAAAAAGACAUUACAGAAGAAGACGACCACUGCGAAUUAUUCCAUAUCACAUCCUCACAGGGAAGAGUUUACUCACCCCAGCAGUCCAGACCAUAUGGGUAUUGAUGAUAACAUCCGUUAUUCCCAGGCUGGUGUUGAACAGAGCGUUGACGGAGAUGAGAUUUACCAGGAACCCCCUCUGUCUCCCAUCUAUCACACUAUUCCCCUUCAUUUUGAUAGUCCGGAUUAUGAAAACAUAGAUUUUGGAAAGCCCGUCUCUCCUUAUCCGGUUUUCGACCCAGAGGGGUGGCAGAGCCCUCAGAAUGAUGAUGAAGGGAUUUAUGAAGAGCAUGACCCUUAUUUCUCCUUGGUUAAAGAGCAACAGCAUCUGACACCAACAGGAUAUAAAAGAAAUUUAGCGGACGAGGAGGACAUUUUUAACCAUGAGACUCUCUCUGACGAUGAGUUUGAUGUCAACUCGUCAGAUGAAGAUGACAGCAGUUUCAACUCAUGUAAAGAAGACUUUGAGCAUCCAGAGAUUGGGCUGGAGAAUGGAAAACAGAAAACUAAGAUAGAACACAUCGCCACAGAAAUCAUGACCUCAGAGAGUGUUUUUGUUGAUGUCCUGAAGCUGCUACAUGUUGACUUCCGUGAAGCAGUGCAAAAAGCAUCUCAGCAGAACGGCAAGCCUGUGAUUGAGGAGCGUAUCCUCAAUCAGAUCCUGUACUCCCUCCCUCAGCUAUACGAACUCAACCAAGACCUGCUUAAAGAGCUGGAGCAGAAAGUUGCUCACUGGGAUGAGAGUUCCCAGGUGGCUGACCUGUUCCUGAAGAAAGGGCAUUAUUUAAAGAUGUACUCCACAUACAUCCGCGAGUUUAACAAGAAUGUGAACCUACUGGAGGAGCAGACUAAGAAGAACUCUGCGUUUGCCGCUGUUGUCAGAGAAUUCGAGACGAGUCCUCGUUGUGCUAACUUGGCUAUAAAACAUUAUCUGCUGAAGCCAGUCCAGCGGAUUCCUCAGUACCAGCUGCUGCUCACAGACUACCUGAAGAAUCUGUCAGAAGACUCAGAUGACUACAAAGACACUGAAGCUGCCCUCGCUCUUUUGAAAGAGGUGGCCACUCACGCCAAUGACAUCAUGAAGCAUGGGGAUAACUUAGAGAAGCUGAUCCAGGUGCAAAAUCGUCUGAGCGGCCACCACGUCAUCAUCCAACCAGGAAGGGUCUUUAUCAAAGAGGGUUUCCUGAUGAAGUUGUCCCGGAAGGUCAUGCAGCCCAGAAUGUUCUUUCUGCUUAGCGACGUGCUGCUCUACACCACGCCUGUUCAGUCAGGCCAGUUCAAGCUGAAAAACAUGCUGUCUCUGUCCGGGAUGAAGGUUAGCAAACCCAGUCAAGAGGCCUAUCAGAAUGAGCUGAACAUAGAAAGUGUGGAGCGCUCCUUUAUUCUGUCUGCCAGUUCGGCUGCAGAGCGGGAUGAAUGGCUUACAACAAUUUCCUCGGCUAUCAGCGAAUAUACGAAAAGGAAAAUAAGUUUUAUGUCCACCAACACUCCAGCUCAGGGAAGAACAUCUACCGGGGUGGUUUGCCAGUCUUGUUCCUCCAAUAAACACUGUCUUGCAUAUCUAAAGAACCAGUCAGCACGAGUGUGUGACCAGUGUUUCCUCAUUCUUCAGCAACAGAAAAGUGAUGUGGUCUCAAGCGCAGCAAUGACACCUGGAAGCAGGGCGACCAUCGGGUUUUCCAGGAAGCAGAAGAAGAUCCCGGCAGCACUUAAAGAGGUGUCAGCAAACACAGACGAUUCAUCCAUGAGCGGUUAUCUGCACAGGUCAAAGCACAAUAAAAAGCAUUGGAAGAGGCUGUGGUUUGUCAUUAAAGACAAAGUGCUGUACACUUAUGCAGCCAGUGAGGAUGUUGCAGCCUCAGAGAGUCAGCCCCUGCUGGGCUUCGUUUUAAAAGUCGAUUCCUCAGAGAAGCAGCAGUUUAAGCUAUACCACAAAAACACGCUCUACUACAUUUUCAGGGCAGACGACGCUCAAACGGCCCAAAGAUGGAUCGACUCGUUCAGAGAGGCAAUUGUGUUGUAACAUCUGAUGGGGAUUUCGAUGGUUUUUUUAAGUUUUUU